UUGUGUUUUUUCUUUUCCUGCGCUGUAGGUUCGUACAAGUGAAAGUCUUUUGCUCGAAGCAUAAGCUCCCCCCCUUCCCCCCUCCUCCCCGCGGGAGAGCUUUUGCCAGAGAGUUUAUUUAAAGCGAGGCUCUUUCCUCCCUUCCCCCCCUUAUUCAACACAUCCCCAUCCCAUCGCUUCCCCUCCCAGCAACACACACACGUUUCCCUCUGCGCAUCGCCCUAUUCCCGCCAUUUUAUAAAUCUUUGAAUCAUGCGAUACACCUUUAUCUACGCUCUUCUUUUGCUUUGCCUCGUUUUCUCUGUCACUGCGCAGAGGCAGCAGGCCGGAAAGCGAUCCAAUAAUGGAAACAAGCAAAACAAUGGCAACAAUGGUAAUAACGGCAACAACGGCAAUACCGGCAGCAACGGUAACAACGGCACCACUGCCAACACUGGCAACCAGGCGGGCGUCGGCGGGGCCACUAGUGGUGGUGACAUCAACCGCAAUGUGGGGCCUUUCCCGGAAACCCAAUUUUGCAAGGACACUGGCCUGACGCCCUCGGAUGGUACUCAGAUCAGGACAGGCGCCUGUUCGUCGACUCCAAUGGGUGCCAUCCCCGCCGUCGAAAAGAUGGUGUCGAGCAUCAUCAUUGAGCCCGAGAACGGUGCAAGGAUCGACGCCAGCAAGGAUUUGACCAUUACCACCGACUACCGAAACUUGGACACCGGUUUUUUCUCUGACCCGCAAACUCAAUACUACAUUGUCCCCCAGACUCUGAGCGCCCAAGGCAUCAUUCAGGGCCACUCCCACAUUACAAUUCAAGAACUCAAGUCAACGCGAUCUGCUCCAGACCCACAAGCUUUUGCCUUUUUCAAAGGUCUCAAUGACCGUGCCGCUGAUGGUCGCACUCUCUCUGUCACCGUUCCCGGAGGAACAUUCAAGACCAAUGGCCUCUACCGUAUCUGCUCCCUUAGCAGCUCGGAUGCCCACCAGCCGGUUAUCAUGCCUGUGGCGCAGCGUGGCGCCCAGGACGAUUGCAUUCGUAUCAACGUGGAAAACGCUGGUACUGGGAAGCAACAAGGAAACAACCGUGACAACAGAAACCAAGGUGGCAACAAUGGGCAAGGAAACAACAAUGGCGGAAACAAGAGGCAGGCCAGAUCAAACAUCUUUGGUCGUCACGCGUUAACCGCGGAGCGUCGCAUGGCAAGAUUGCACGUCUAGAUACGUUCCGUCAACCCAAACGCACUCGCGAUUCAGAUGUUGACAUCAAACGCAUGCACCGAACACAUUUCAUAAUCCACUUUGUUGUUCUCUGCUUCGGACCACACAUACUAUCAUCAGAUAGAGCUUUUAGUGUCCAUCCUCCUUGCUUGUACUUUUUACUUUUGUAGUGGAAUUUAGCUUAGUUUGGUUGUUGGUUGGUUUUAUUACUUCUUGUUCUUGCUUUAUGCUUUAGUCUCCCAAAAUGUGCAUAGUGUGAAUAUGUUGCCAAGAUCUGUCUCGUAAAAGUUUGUAUGCUCAGCAAUAAUCUGAGCUUUUGAUUUAGUUUGCACGGCAGCUAUGUCCUGUGUUAAUCCUCCCAUCCUUUCUGGACCACAACCGAAUUAUGCUCUGCCAAUUGGUC